AUGGCUGUGUUUGAUGUGAUGAGUUUUGGAUUGGGUGUGGGGGUGACUUUGGUACUUGCUUGCGGAUUGUGCCAUGUUUGCUAUAAUGUGUUUCUACAUCCAUUGAGGAAGUACCCCGGUCCGGUCCUGUGGGCUGCUACGCGGCUACCUUGGUGCUGGUAUCAGGCACAAGGACGGCUAAAUCAGAAACUGCUCGAGUUGCAUCUACGGUAUGGGCAGACGGUGCGGGUGGCUCCAAAUGAGCUAUCAUAUACCUCGGAGGAGGCUUGGAAGGGGAUCUAUGGGCCGCGGGGGGAUGAGAUGGGAAAGGAUCCUGUGUUUUCACUGCGCACGCCGACAGGUGUACAAAAUAUCCUAACAGCCGAUCGACCAACACACACCCGCCAGCGACGACUGCUCUCCCAUGCAUUCUCCGAAAAGGCCUUACGGGAACAAGAGGGUAUCAUCCAGGGCUAUGUGGACCAGCUGAUGGAACAGCUAUCCUCACGAGCUGGCGACGGACCCCACAACAUGGUAGACUGGUUCACAUUCAUCGCAUACGACCUGAUCCGCGAUUUAUCCUUCGGCGAGCGCUUCCACUGUCUCGACCAAGCCGAAUACGACCCCUUUGUGCGGUCCAUCCGGGCCAUUUCAAAGGAACUCACUUUCAUCCAGAUGUUCGCGUACUACGGUCUGCUCCGAGUGCGUCAGCUCUUCAUGCCCAAGGCCAUAGCAGGAGCGCGGGCACAGAAUAUGCAGCGGGUCAUCGAGACUGUCAACCGACGAGUAGCCCGAGAUACAAACCGGAAGGACUUUCUCCACUAUAUUCUGGCGGCUAUGGAGACUGAAAAGGGCAUGUCCGCGGCUGAGAUGAACGUGAAUGCUUUUUCCUUUAGUAUAGCCGGGUCGGAGUCUUCCGCUACGGCGCUCAGCGCAUUCACGUACUACAUUCUCACCCAUGCAGAGGUCUACAAGCGACUGGUCGUCGAAAUCCGCGGAGCAUUCUCAACAUACGAACAGAUCGAAUUCUCCGCCCUAACCCGACUACCUUACCUCAACGCCGUUCUCCAAGAAACCCUAAGAAUCUACCCUCCCGUGGCAGUGACUCUUCCCCGAGUAGUCCCAGCUAACGGCGCCAUCAUCGACGGACAGUUUGUUCCCGCCGGAGUAACCGUGGGAGUCAACCAUUUCGCAUGCUACCACGACCCACGGAACUUUCACCGUCCGAUGGACUUUCUCCCGGAUCGGUGGUUACCUGAGUGUCAGGACACGUUCAAAGAUGACCACCGGAACAGCUUCCAGCCGUUUUCGUUCGGGCCGAGGAAUUGUCUGGGUAAGAAUCUGGCGUGGGCGGAGAUGCGCUUGAUUGCAGCCAAGUUGCUGUUUUGGUUUGAUUUGGAGUUGAGUGAGGGGAGUAGAGGCUGGGAGGAGGGCAGAAGGUGUUUGGUUUUUGGGUUAAGCCGGGGUUGUUUGUUACGGUGA